UCCCUCAACGCGCCUGCGCUGAAUUAAGUGCCGUGAGACGCAAAAAAAAGAAAAGAAAGGAAGAUAUUGUUCCUGUCUUUUUUUACUUUAUUUUUCUACUUUUUCACAUAAUUAAUCAACUCAAUAUUCGGGCUACGCCAAGGCCACUUUUGUCGCGCGCAAAAUCAGGGUACUUUUGAAAGAAAAAAUGUCACAGCCCACCGACGGAGUUUCGUAAACGAGCACAGGCGCGUCCAGAAUGUACAACAGCACUAUCUCAGUACUGAGGAUGGAACCCACUGUCCCGGUGGUCAUGUUCAUAUUCGGUGUGGUGAGCAACUUGAUCGCCAUCGUUGUGCUGUGUAAAUCCAGAAAAGAGCAGCGGGAGACGAUAUUUUACACGUUGGUGUGCGGCCUCGCGGUCACGGAUCUUUUGGGCACGGUGCUCGCGAGCCCUGUCACUAUUGUCACGUAUGUGAAGGGCUCGUGGCCGGCGGGAGAGCCUCUGUGCCAGUAUUUCGGAUUCAUUCUGCUCUUCUUCUCUUUAGCCGGCCUGAGCAUCAUCUGUGCCAUGUCUGUGGAGAGGUAUGUGGCCAUAAACCACGCAUAUUUCUACAACGACUACGUUAACCAGAGGCUGGCGGGCGCCACGCUUCUCGCCAUCUACGUCUCCAACGGGGUUUUCUGCGCCCUCCCGAGCGUUGGUUUCGGCCGGGUCACCAAGCAGUAUCCGGAGACAUGGUGCUUUCUAGACUGGAGGACUGAGGAGAAUAUACAUGCCGCCUUCUCGUACAUGUACGGCGGUGUCAGCUUCGUCCUUAUCCUGGCUACAGUCAUCUGUAAUGUGGCAGUGUGUUGCGCACUGAUGCGGAUGCACCGCAGGUUUGUACGGAGGAUGUCGCUGGGCAGCGAUCAGGGGAGAGUCACGGAGGUCGGUAGGAAGCGCAGCUGUAGGCGAUUGGCAGGAGCGGAGAUCCACAUGGUCGUGCUGCUCAUCGCCACAUCUGCCGUGGUGCUCGUUUGCUCUAUUCCUCUGGUCGUGCAGGUGUUCAUCAACCAAAUAUACAGGAUUCCAGUGGAGAAACGUUUGGACAAAAACCCAGAUCUUUUGGCUAUACGAUUUGCUUCAAUGAACCCCAUUCUAGAUCCUUGGAUCUACAUAUUACUCCGAAAAGCAGUUCUCAUCAAACUUACAAAAAACAUCAAUUAUCUGUUCUGUAAGAUCAUUGCUCGUGGUCAGCAAAAACAGGCCAAUUUCCACUGGUUGGAGCAACAGCGAGUUUCAUCCAUUAUCUCCAGAGACUCACUAUCACUUGUGUCUCGGAAUAUGAGGGAGGUCAGAAGCGCCUCACAGACUUUUCUUUAUCUCUCUACAAUAACCGAACCCUACAAAGGUACCUGCAGUUCAAGACACAUUGGGUCCUCUUCAUAUUCUUCCCAACAACAUGGCACAAAGUUCUCCAACAGGAAUAGUUCAGAGAGUGAGGCAGAAAAAUGCACUAUUAACCACACAAAUCAUCCUACAGGCUUAAAAGAACCAGACCCUACAAUUAAACUAACAUUGUGAAUUUCCAGGAGAGAAGUAUUUAGUGCUAAGAGGCAGGUGCGGUGACAUCUGUAAGCCUAUUUGCAUUUUUAAGUAUUUUUGUUGAAUUUGUACCAUAUAAUGGCAGCUGUGAUAUGAGUUUUUAGAACCAGUCUUGUUCUACACUCUACAUAAAACUCUCAGCUCUCAACUCUAAAAAUCCCCUAUCUAGCUACAUACAGUAUUGAUACAUUUAUUUUUCCAGCAGGGUUCAAACUGGUCACAGCAUGAUCAGAAAUAAACUAUGCACAAACAAAUCUAACAAAAUGUUUGUUUUUAAAAUCAGGGUAGUUUUUGAGUGCUCCAUUUCCCAAAGAAAUGUUAUUUUCUUGCAUAAAUAAAUGUGAGCUGCAAUGUGACUCUAAUUUAAGCCUCAGUAAGCAUGUUGAUGAACUCAAAACAUUCUCUGAAAAGAGUAUGUGACAAUGUCAUGAGAAUAAGAGGCUCAUAUUACUAGAAAAUGUGUAUAUAAAACUUGAUUGUCUUCCUUUUUCUUAAUCAUACUAUGCAUUGUACAUUUUCAAUCAUUAAAAUAGGAAAAACAUUUUUUUACAAAUUUUUCAUGAUUUAUUUGUACUGUUCUAUCCAUUUUAUGUAUAUUUUACCAGAAGAAGGCUAAAAGUAUUAAUCAACUAACCCAAUAUCCUAACCGCCAGUAUCUUACUUUUUUUUUCCCUUUUUUAUCUUAACUCUUUGUUCCCUCAGUGAUCAAUACUCCAUGGGCCAUACUGAUCUUUUUUACACGAAUGCACUUUUCUUACAAGGCUAAAGUUGCCUAAUAAUCUUUGUAAUGCUUUGACUAGUCACACAGCAUGUAUAAGGAAGCAAAACUUUUGUUUCCUGAAGCUAUGCAACUUUACUUACUCCCAUUCCUGCUGAGUUUGCUAAACUGUAGUAUUCACACUCAUGAAAUUGGCCUUGAAUAAGCAUAGGGAGUAAACAUAGAAAAAGGGAGAAAAUAAAAGUCAUACUGUUCAGCUGCUUAGCUGCCCUGUUAUUUCUGUUCCGUAGAGUCC